CUCCAAAUAUACACAGAGACGGCAAAGAGAGACACACACAGGAGGAGUGAGAAAGUAUCAAGUUUCAGAUAACUGCACCAGCCACUAAGGAAGGAGCACCAUGUCACAGCCCUGUCAGUGCAGGCGCCUGGACUUCAUGCUGUUUGUGCUAUGCGGCUUCAAGGCUAUUGUUGCCUUUCCCAACUUCUCUCCACUGCUGAAUCCCAGCUGGGGAAACACAGAUAGCCUGAUGCACCUGUACACAUUUACUGAGAAGAACAGCUUCCAUCUGCAAAUCAACCCCGAUGGUUAUGUUGAUGGCACACCUCACCAAUCCAUUUACAGUGCCCUAAUGAUCAAAUCUGAGGAUGCUGGCUAUGUGGUGAUAACCGGUGUAAAGAGCGGGCGCUACCUAUGUAUGGACGUUAAAGGAAAUAUCUUUGGAUCGCAUUACUUCAGUCAAGAAGACUGCAUGUUUAAACAAAGAACACUAGAAAAUGGAUACGACGUGUACCAAUCUCCCAAGUACAACUUUCUGGUCAGCCUGGGCAGGGCUAAACAAGCUUUCUUCCCUGGUAUGAAUCCACCGCCGUACUCCCAGUUUUUGCCCAGGAGAAAUGAAAUCCCUCUGAUCCGAUUCAAUACACCUGAACCCCACAGGCACACUAGAAAUGCAGACAUUGAUCCUCUCCAGAUUUUGAUCCCUCGGGGAGAGGCCUUUGACACAGGACCUCAGACGUUGCAGACUCACUUUGCUCACCUGCCUAGAGAACCCAUGAGAAUCAAUCCAAAUGAUGUGGUCAACCCAGAUGACCCACUUGCAAUGAUGGAUGUCAGAAGGAAUGGAAGUCCGCGCUUUUACAUUACAAGAUAGCCAGGGUCACGCCUCUGCAGAGAGGAGACACAGGUGAAUAUGUUAGACAGAGAGAACUGGCUAGUACCCUAAAAUAUUUUAUAUUCAAUAUCUAACUUUCACAAGGCCUAUUAGAAACCUGAAAAGCAUUGAAAACAUUUGAACUCAAGCUUUGUUCUUGUAGAUAACAUUACAGGAACAUGGAAUUGUAUAUUAUUUUACAGGUGGAGCUUUAUUUUACUUGAAAUAAGCUGCAUUAGCAAGGUAAUAACACCAAUCAAACAUUUUAGGGUCUUGACUCUCCUCUAGCGUACAUUAGAGUUAUUCCACCGAAGGCUGAGUCAUUGACAUUAUGCUACUGACACAUAACUGAGAGAAGAAUCAGGUCCUAGAAUUUUUAGAACUCUAAUGUAGGCAGGGAAGUUUACUUCUAACCUACUCUUCAAACUCUAGGUCAGGAGGCUGCACAAGCACAGCAGUCUAAAUUAGUGAUUGUGUAUUAUACAGAAAACUUUAUUAUGUACAAGAUUAGAGCCUGAGUCUCCUCUCAUACCAGUGAGACUCAGGAGUAACUCCAUUAAAGGAGUUACGCUGGUGUAAAAGUAGAGAAAAUGAUCUGAGAAUUUGGUCCUAAUAACUGACAUACUAGUCAGGAUACAAUAAGAACUGGCUCAAACUAAACCCAAACUGAAAUUACUUUGAGGUUUGGAAAAACUCAGGUAGCUUUUCUACUUGUUUUGUUCAUAGCUCCGUCUAAACUAUACAACCAGGUGCCAGAACAGAAGUGCACAAAUACAAAGAGAAGAGUUAUAUUCUUAGAAUUUCCAACCAAGAAAGAAAUAGGAAAUACCAGAAAUAACAAAUUGUGAUAAUUCUGCAUUGAACAGAUUAGCAUAUUUGGUGGGCGCACCAAAAACUUCUGUUAGAGAGAAUCAUAGCUGUCCACCUGUGUUUCAUAGACCCCAUAAUGCUAAUAGCUAAUGGAGAUUCUCCUCUAGCUGGAAUUGUCAGGGUGGGUGUUUUAGGAAUAGGAGGACCUGAGUUCUAUCCCCACUGUCUCCAUUAUGUUCUGAGUGAUCAUGGGGUGCUCUAGAGUGACAACAGUGAAGUCCCUACAUAGCCCCGUGUUUCUUUAUACGUUCCACUUAAGAGCUCCAAGUAUUAAGAAAAAAAGCGAACAUAAUUCUAGACCAGAGAGGUCAGUAUACAUUAUGGAUACGCUUGCUCAUUGGACUUGAACAUCCAUCCACCUUGAGGUUUACUCAUCUUUAGUUAAGAUGUGGAUGCACCAAAAUCCGUAGCUAGUAAAUUCAAGAUGAACGCACCUCAAAAGGAUCAGGGGGUUGAUUGGGUUUAGAUAAAGUCUGGAUGGUGUAUCUGAAUUUUUAUUGUAAUUGCCUUGUGGCCUUCCAGGCUGGAAAACUCCCCAAACCAGGCUCUUUCAUGAUGAGAUUGUCUGGUCGUCCCAGAGUCUGGUUAAAGCAGAAGAGCUCUAAAAUUAGUGUGGAAGUUCAGCUAUGGGCCCUGAAAGAAUCAAGAGCAGAGGGGUGAAUAUAUGGGGACAAAAACAGAAACAGGGAUUCAAACCUCCAGAAAGGCUGGACUUUGGGUAUGGAUGAUGGAUUCAAGACCGUUCUCAUUUUAUCAGAAUUCUGCCAUGGGGAAGCCUGCCUAGACAUGCGACAGGAAAGGACUCAGCUCCAGCAGGCGGCGUUUCCUUUCCUGACUCAAAUGGCAACCUGUACAGAUGAGGGAAGCACGGCCUGAUACUGCUUCUAAGUGUCUUCUGUCGGACAGAAUCAAGUCCCUAGCACCGAAUGUGCAGACAGAUGUGGAACAAACCAUAGCACUACCUGCUAAAAUACCAGGAGUGUUUCAGGAAGUUUCUCAGGCCAAAUUAAUCCAUGAUAUAAAUAAACUGACUCUUAUAGCAGGGAUGAAUCUGACCCUGCAUCUUUAAACCUAAAGGAAUCCAUGAGAUAAGAGCAUUGACUCUAAGCUUUGCUUUGCUUUCCUAUUGCUACUCCAGCCAAAAUGACCACUUAAGAAACGAGGCAUAAGGAAACCAGAAUGAAGUCAUCACAAGAUCAGCAGCCUUGCUGGUGCUCAUCAUCAGGAGCUUGUUUUCUGUCUUUGGAAGGGCCUUUGCAUGAGAGGAACUGCAGUGCAGAGCUUUUCAUUAUAGAUUAAAGGUCUGAUCUUUGGUAUAGCUCCACUGACUUCAACAGAGAUAAACCAAUUUGCACCAGCUGAGGAUCUGGCCCAGUGUCUACAUAUAGCUGUUUUCCCAUCUCAUCAUUCUUACUGGCCCUAAUUCUGAUCUCACUUACAUGGGUUUUAAGUCCAUGUGACUGCAUUGGAGUUACUCCUGAUUUACACCAGAGACAGAUCAGAAUCAGGCCCAAAGUGCCCUGCAGAAGGGUCUAAUGUAAUGGAUGUUUAAUGUUGUUGUUUUUUAUUUGUGCAUUUUCUCCUCCAGAUGCAGCUUUAUCUACAUACUAUAUUUAUUAAAUGCAUUUAACAGCCCUUUGGCAUCCUAAUAACUGUAUAAUAGUCUAGGCUCUAGGGGCAUCUAUAAGCUAUAGCAGGCCUGAUUCUGAUCUCACAACUGUCAAGUGGUAUCAGAAUAAGGACCACUGCUUUCAGUGGAAUUGCUCUGGAUUUACAAGUGAGCGCAUGAUCUGUCCUGCUGCUGUCUUUUAAAUUAGCUUUUUCUUUCUUACAUGCCUUUACCAUAAAGUUUGAGCUGGAACAGACAUUGGGCCUGUUUCUGCUCUCUCAAUAGUUUUACCCCUGAUUUCACUGGAAUUACUCCAGCUUUAGACCAGUGACAUGAGAGCAGAAUCAGGCCCAGCGUACCAAGACUAGGAAAAUUCUUUAAAUCCACAACAAAUACAAUUUAGCUUCAAAAGAUAAACUCAAGUCUAAAAGGAUGUUGGAGAGGUUCUUACCAGCUAAAUUUUAGCAGGACUCUCUUCCAUGCUGUCUGUACAAUGGGCAGGUCUGACUAUUUAUAUAUUAUCUUUUUAGUAAUUCCAUUUGAUUCCUGUACCUUUCUGAUUGGACUUUGCUCCCAGAGAACUCUGGACUGCAAUAGUCAUUCUGAGACAAAAACUACAUGCACAUUGGUGCUUUUCCAGAACCUUUAAGUGGAAUUAACACUUGCAAUAUCCUAAAGGAAAAAUCAUUCUCCCUUAGUGAUUUAAGAUGGACUUAGAGCUGAGCGUUAAGAAUAAAUGCAUAUUCCCAUAGGGCCCAGUUCUCCUCUCAUACCAAUGUAAUUCCAUUUGCUUUAGUGGAGUUACUCCUGAUUAUACCAGCGUACGUGAUGAGAGAAUCAGGUCCAUAAUCUAAAUUAAGGGCAGAUAGUUCAGUCCAUAGUCUCAUGAGUGAUCCAGCUGAACUUAAUGGGGCAGAUGUUUAGCUGUGUAAAUUGUCUUAGCUCCAUUGACUACAAGGGGGGGCCUCCAGGACUUGAGUCAAUGAGUGUAAGGACUCGCGUAAGUAAGGGCUGCAGGACUCCACCGUUGUGUAGUACUACACUACAGUCAUACCCACAAGAAAUGGUGGGGUGGUUUUUGGGAUGGAGGAAAAAAAGGGUUGUUUUAAUAAAUUAUUCUCCACCGAUAGUCAGGAAAUGUAGAAUGGCUUUUACAUCAGAGCAUAUGUUUAACCAUACAGAACUGAAGUGGGAUUUGAGAGUUCGUUGUUCGAAGGAGGUGCUGGCCAUCACCAGCUUUUAAGAAGAAACUACUUGUUUAUAUUGCAGUAUUUAUUUAUUUAUUUGAAUGGUUACACAUGUAGCAGAAUAUUUAUAAUGUAUUCAAAAACUGUUUCCUUUUAUAAAAAUUCCAAUAAACUUUUUUCUCAAAUGA